CCCAGACCUGCUCUCCCAGUCCGACCACAUGAAUGGGGUCGCCCCGCCUGAGUCUGCGCUGCGCGACACAAGCCCCGACAAACCCGAGAGCUCGAGCCAUGGGCGGCACUCUGCCGAUAUGUCCUCGCCGUCUUCCGCCGAUCCGCGCAACAGCGAGUCUAUGCGGAGCACGCAGAUGCAGCCACAGCAACAAGUGCAGGACGGCGGGGCACAGAACGGUGUCGCGGACGGCCCGGACGCGUCUGCGUUCGCGGCUCUGCAGGCCGUGCUCGCGUUCCAGAAGGAGCAGGAGAUGCGGGAGCAGGCCAGUCGGCGGGGGUCAGCCGUGUCCGAUGGCUCUACGCAAGCUCCGCCCUCUGAACCGCAAUCCGCCACUACUUUCGAGGGGGCGAAUGACACCGAAAUUGCAGGUCCCAGCAGGAGCCAUUCCGCAGCCGCGGAGCCGCCCGAGAGCGGAUCGCAGCUUGAACAAGCUCGCGGCGGCGACAGUAUCCCCGAGGCUGGCGCUACGCCUAUGACAGUCGAUGGAAUACAGCCAAGUCCAAACGGAGAGCCCAAUGGAACGACCGAUGGCGACGUCCAUGUCGACGCGCAGUCCUCAGAGACGGCUGUGCAGGUCAAGCAAGCCGACGCCGGCGCGCCACCUGCGCCGAUGGAACAGCUCCUGACUGAGGACGGGAUGCCAAUGCUGAACCCUGCAGAGCUCCUGACACAGGAGUCGCUCGCGUCCCCCCCGGCAUCGUGACCUUUCACAAACUAUGGAAUCCGGGGAGCGGUCGGGCGGAAGUGGGCUGGGACGGGGUUAAUAUCGUUAUAUCUGCCUAUGUUAUAACGUCACUUUAAGUUGUAAUUUU